CCGCGCGCGCAGGCGGGGGAGGGGCGCGGUUUCCGCGCUUCCUCCCGGAGUUGGCUCCUGACCGUCCCCGGGCGACCCGCGAUGGACAGGGCGGCCGUGGCGCGGGUGGGCGCAGUGGCGAGCGCCAGCGUGUGCGCCCUGGUGGCCGGGCUGGUGCUGGCGCAGUACCUGCUCACGGCCAAGAAGAGGACGGGCCGGAAGACCAAGAUCAUCGAGAUGAUGCCAGAAUUCCAGAAAAGCAAUGUUCACAUCAAGAACCCAGCCAAAGUGGAAGAGAUCCUCUGUGACCUGAUUAAAGGAGGAGCAGCCAAACUCCAGAUAAUUACAGACUUUGAUAUGACAUUAAGCAGAUUUUCCUACAAUGGAAAAAGAUGCCCCACGUGUCAUAACGUUAUUGACAACUGUAAACUGGUCACAGAUGAAUGUCGAAAGAAGUUAUUACAGCUAAAGGAAAAAUACUAUGCCAUUGAAGUUGAUCCAGUCCUUACCAUAGAAGAGAAAUACCCUUACAUGGUAGAAUGGUACACAAAAUCCCACAGUUUGCUGGUGGAGCAGGCAUUGCAGAAGAACAAGAUCCAGGAAAUUGUGGAAGAAUCUGAUGUGAUGCUCAAGGAAGGAUAUGAACAUUUCUUUGACAAACUCAAAGAACACAACGUCCCCGUGUUCAUAUUUUCUGCUGGUAUUGGAGAUGUCCUGGAAGAGGUGAUCCGUCAGGCCGGAGUCUACCAUAACAAUGUCAAAGUCGUGUCCAACUUCAUGGAUUUUGAUGAAAACGGGGUGAUCAAAGGAUUUAAGGGAGAAUUAAUUCAUGUGUUCAACAAGCACGACGGCGCCCUGAGGAGCACACAGUACUUUAAGCAGCUGAAAGACAACAGCAACAUCAUUCUCCUGGGAGACUCCCAGGGAGACCUGAGGAUGGCGGAUGGCGUGGCCAACGUGGACAACAUUCUGAAAAUUGGUUACCUCAAUGAUCGGGUGGAUGAACUCUUAGAGAAAUACAUGGACUCCUACGACAUUGUUCUAGUAAAAGAGGAAUCCUUGGAAUUAGUCAAUUCGAUCCUCCAGAAAAUCCUCUGAGCAGUCGAGCGGCAGGAGCUGUUCUCCCCCCAGAGCCACUCUGGCAUCCCUGGGCCCAGCCCUGUGCCCUCCUCCAACCUGGGCGGUGCUUCUUCCCAUCGCCUGACUGUCUUCUAAUCGUAUUCCAGAUAACAUGGACUCCAUUGCGUGGAUGCUUUGAAAUAAAAGUAUUCUCACCUUUUGCCACA